UCAUACACACAGAAAUGGAUGUGUGGCGUGCAGUCUGUGAACACUAUAUAGUGUCAGGUGUGGUGGUGUGCUGGUGUGUGGUGUGGCUGUACAACCUCGCUACCCGGGGAGUCUGUAAGAGCAAAGCCAGGAUGGAAGGGAAAACUGUUAUUAUUACUGGGGCCGAUUCAGGUAUUGGCAAGGCUACAGCCUUUGACUUGGCGGGAAGAGGGGCUCGAGUAAUCAUGGCUGGUAUUAAUGUGGAUCAGGCUUACAUCGUCAGGAAACAAAUUAUUGCCAAAACGUUGAACAACAACAUAAUAGUGAAGAAUGUAGACCUGAGCGACAUGCUCUCAGUGAGGCAGUUUGCUGAAGAUAUCAACAGGACAGAGCCAAGACUCGAUGUGCUGAUCCACAACGCUGGAGUCCUCCUUCCUGGAAGAUUAACAACAGAUCAGGGUCUCGACAUGACUUUUGCCACCAACCACUUCGGGCCCUUUCUGCUCACUCAUCUUCUCUUGGACUUACUGAAGAGGACAGGUAGAAGUAGAAUUGUAUUAGUGGCGUCUUCAAUGCACAUUGCCGGCAAAUUGGAUCUCAGCAAUCCCAAUCCGAAGAAAGAUGCGUCCACAUCAAGGCUCCUCUUCUCCUGGAACAUGUACUGCAGUUCCAAGCUUGCUUGUGUCCUCUGUGCCAGGGAGCUGGCUAGGCGCUUGGAGGGAUCAGAAGUAACUGUGAACUGCCUUCACCCUGGACUGGUAUGCACCUCCAUCGUGUGGAAUCCGUGCGCUAACGUGGUUGGCGAACGUCUGUACACAUUUUUCUUGCCAUUUUUAAAGACAAGACGACAAGGGGCCCAAACUACAAUCCAUCUGGCGGUAUCUGAGGAACUAGAAGGAGUUACGGGCAAAUAUUUUUCAAAUUGUAAGGAAAGAACGCCAGCAACGUUAACUGGGGAUGUCGAAUUUGCUGAGAAAUACUGGAGGCUGUGUGAAGAUAUCGUCGGAUUGGAUCACUCCAAAACUCGAAAUUUUCGUCCUUCCUAAUUGUCAUUUUUUUGUUAAAAUAAUUUUGUAAAAUAAUUUUACAAAACAAUCGUGUUGUUCAAACUGAAGUUUUAAUAUUUGUUAGACACGAUCCAUUACUGCUCAGUAACAGUAAUAUGGUAACUGUUAUUUAGAGUAAACGAUCUCUUCUUGGACCUUUGUGGAUGUUGCAGGGACAUCCACAAAGGUCCGGAUUUUGGCCGGGUCACCUUCUCUGAUGAAGUACAUUUACAAAUAAACUAUUACAAAAGUGUUUGAAUAAACUAUCAUUUGUGUUAAUGUAUCGCUGCUACUGUUCCGAGAAAAAAUAUUAACACAUAUUUACGGAAAUUUCCAAUUACGUUCUUUAACAAAUGUAAGUGGCAAGGCUAGUUCGUUUUUGACGCUAAUUCGACUGAAAGGACCGGAAGCUGAAGGUCAAAAUCAUUCCAAUACAACUACUCUAAACGACUUUAAGUUUGAAGAAUUUCAGCCAAAACUGGCAUGAAAGUUCUAAGAUAAAUCGUAAUCAAGGAUACUUUUAUACGGACUUCUCUUUGGAACCAAAAAGACAGAGCUCUAGGACAAAAAAUAUGUUUUAAACAACAAUCAUGCAUCUUCUAGUUUGUAAAUGGCAAGUUUGUUUUAGCACCAAUCGGACCAAAGAGGGCAAGCAAAGCCAGGCCAAAAUAAUUUUCUACACAACUAAUACAAAUAACUUAUUAAUUCUAAUAAUUCUAAUGAAUGAUUUGUUCCAAACUUGAUGUGGACGGAGGUGUUAACCGAUCAUGAGACAUUUUGAUGCCAAUUGAAUAAAACCUCAGGUACAAGAAUAUAUCUUCAUAACAAUUCUGAUUUUUAUUGGAGAGAUUUUAGACAUGGUUUUUGGAAUAAAAAAUAACACAGGAUUUUUUUAUUCAAUGCCAUUUUAGACUAGGAAACAUAAAUCAAGGGUCAUGAACACAUUCUUCACGCUUCAUCACUUUUUAAUACUUUAAAAAAAUGUACAAUGCGUUUUAUGAAAGGGAUUUGAAUCAAGAACAGUUCUUUUGUAGCCGAGAGAUAUUAGCCAAUUCCAUAAAUCCGUUGCGGAAUUCUAUAUAAAUGUGUAUAUAAAGUUUAUGAAACAGUUUUAGACAACACUCACUGUGCUCCUUUGAAUUAAUAUUGUACCAUAUGAGCUGCGCUGUGUAGUCGGAAAAGGGUAGUUAAGGUUACAUAAGCUCAAAUUUAAAAACUGCCAAAAUUUACAAAAUCAGUUCACUCUCUGCUAUUAAUAGCUAACUAUGUCGACUUUAACACACUGAAAAACGUCCAAUACUAAACAAUCGUUUGAAAAAAUACUGAAAUGUAUGGUAUAUAAUACUGGUUUGAAUAAAUCUACGAACUGAUAAUGUAUGUAUUUAAAUGUAAAAUUGAUUAACUUACUGCAUCAUUUAAUCGCAGUAUUUUCAUCGGAUUCUAAAUAGAAUUUCAGCGCGGUUAAUAUUCAUUCCUAUUCCAGUUCCCUACUUUUUUCGUCCUGACGAGAUUUAAAAAAGGAUUUAAAGUAAAUUGAUUCGAUCUCUAAUAGCUAAUAAAGCCGUAGAGUAAUUUAAUCCUGGAAAACAUUAGUCUUUCUGUUGUUUAUAAAUAGAACCCUUUACUCAAUUACAUCUGUUCUUACCUUACAUUUACUUAAAAAAUAAAUGACAGAUUUUAAUACAAAUUUUGACGAAGAAACGUAAAAACCACUAACUGAAUUUUUAAAAGAUAAAUUAAAUUUAACAAUGUCAAAGGAUAAAAACAUAAGUACAACGAGAUAUGGAACAACAAUAGAUGCUGUGUUUACAAGAUAUUUAGCAUGAUUGUAUUCCAGAUUUUGUUAUUUAUCAUGACAGUUACUAUAAACCCAUCAUUUCAUUUUUAGAAUAUAAUAACAAUUAAAAUGUUAAUACUUGGUAAAUACAAGGUUGUAGUGCAAAAGAUACUGACCAAUUUAUACAAACUAAUAAUAUAAAC